CGUUGAAUAUGAUGCACCGUUGGCAUAAAACACACUUCACUCUGAUCCACACCAAAAACCCGCAGUGAAGUCCUACACCGUCGUACACCGCCGUACGCCGCCGCCAGCGACUGUUUACUUCCACCGACACAUCCUCUUGAACUCGAUCACACAUCCGCAGCCUCAAAAUGUUGCGAAAAUCACUUCUCCGUGUAAUCUUCUUCUCCGUUUCCAUUCUUCUCUGCUUCACGUGUUUACUUGCAGCAGAAGAUUCGAUGAUAUUCAACGAAGACAUUGGCGUUGUUAAUGUAACCGCUACUGGAUCGAAUAGAUCUAGGGAAGAUAGCUUUGCUGGCAUGCUUGAUCGUGCUCUUGAAAAGGAGUUUCCGGAGAACGAUGAACAGUCUGACGCUACUGAUCCUGGGAGCUUCAAUAACAGUGUGGCAGGGCAACAGGCAGUUCUGGAAACUGUUGCAAGAGUCAAGUCGAAGAGAAAUGAAAGCAAAGAGGAGAAGUCAUUUCAGCUUCAUGAUGUUUUCAAUUUGGAUAAUGAAAACCGUCCUGAAGAUACACCAAGACUAAUAGAUAGCAAGGACAAUGUCUUUAUCAUGUCUAAUCCCAAGUCUAAGUAUCCUGUGCUACAAUUAGACCUACGAUUGAUAUCGGAUUUGGUCGUUGUCAUUGUUUCUGCAACUUGUGGUGGCAUUGCAUUUGCUUGUGCUGGGCAGCCGGUAAUUACAGGAUAUUUGCUAGCAGGAUCUGUGAUUGGACCAGGUGGACUUAGCUUCGUUAAUGAACUGGUUCAGGUUGAAACUGUAGCUCAGUUUGGUGUCAUUUUUCUUCUUUUUGCAUUAGGAUUGGAGUUCUCAGCAGCAAAGCUUCGUGUGGUCAGAACGGUUGCUAUCUUAGGAGGUUCGCUCCAGAUAUUUCUUUUUGUGUGCUUGUCUGGAGUAAUCGCUGUGUUAUGUGGUGGUGAAGCUUCUGAAGGUGUAUUUGUCGGUGUCUUUCUUUCCAUGUCAUCAACAGCAGUGGUUUUGAAGUUUUUGAUGGAAAAGAAUAGUAUUAGCACUCUUUAUGGUCAAGUCACUGUUGGUACUCUUAUCUUGCAGGAUUGUGCAGUGGGUUUAUUAUUUGCACUACUUCCAAUCCUGGGUGGUACUUCUGGAAUUCUUGAAGGCAUGUUGUCUAUGGCAAAGACGUUGAUGACCUUAAUUAUAUUCUUGGCUGUUUUGUCGGUAUUCUCCCGAACAUGCAUACCUUGGUUUUUUAAUCUAAUGAUAAGCCUAUCAUCCCAGACCAAUGAACUUUAUCAAUUGGCAUCUGUGGCUUUCUGCUUGAUAGUUGCAUCGUGUAGUGACAAGUUAGGUCUAAGCCUUGAACUGGGAAGCUUUGCUGCGGGAGUGAUGAUAUCAACAACGGAUCUUGCACAACAUACGCUUGAGCAAGUUGAACCCAUUCGCAAUUUCUUUGCUGCUCUUUUUCUUGCAAGCAUUGGGAUGCUUAUACAUGUUCAGUUUCUGUGGAACCACAUUGAUAUCUUACUAGCAGCUGUUAUAUUGGUGGUUGUUGUAAAGACUGUUGUAGUUGCUACUGUAGUCAAAGGAUUUCGAUACACUAACAAGACCGCUCUUCUUGUUGGAAUGUCCCUUGCCCAAAUCGGAGAAUUUUCAUUUGUUUUGUUAAGUCGUGCCUCCAAUCUUCAUCUAAUCGAGGGAAAAUUGUAUCUACUGCUUCUGGGCACAACAGCUCUCAGCCUGGUGACAACGCCUUUUCUAUUUAAACUGAUUCCUGCCGUUGUACAUCUUGGAGUAUUAUUGCGCUGGUUCACACCAGAUAUCCCCACAGAGAUGCUAUAUAAAGGAGAACUGAUGCGUUCAGACACUGCCAAGCGUAUUAGUUUAAUGGCUGUACCCGACACACAUAUGAUACUUGGGAUAAAUGCAGAAAAGGUUGACCUGAUCUUAAAGUCAAAGCCCAAGGAACAAGUUUAAUACCUCCACUCUUUCCACCGAGUAAAAAGAUAGCCAUAUACGUACGUACGUAAUCGAGCCUGCAUCACUAUGUACAUAUAUAGAUAUACCCCUCGGACAAUUCUGAUUUCUGUUUGUUUUCUUUGUAGAAAUUGUCGAUUUUGUAAUGUAGACGGUGAUUUUUUUUUUGUUUCUGUUCAAACGGGUUGCGUAUGCUGUGAAAAAAGAAAAGGUGACAAUUCUGAAUCAA